CUGUGCGUCGCCCGAGAGCCGACGGACUCGGUACGACGGGACCAAGCCGUCGGCGUCCCCAGGACCGAAGCUGUCCCAGGCGAAUUCCUGAGUCACCCUCGAAGCGGGCCGAGUCGCCAUGUUGAAGCUGGGCAAACCGAAGCUAGAAAUUCUGCCAUCUUGGGUCUUUGCCAGCCUUGGCUUCGGAGGGGGUAUAGGUUAGAGGGAGAGAGAGCCCAUAUACACGACGGGCAGGUGAAGCCAGGCUGGUUGCCAUGUCGUUAACGGGCACCACUUCCACUUUGUGGAAGAAAGGGUGAGGAACGUUAGGUCGCCCUCCCUAGUUUCUCGUGGUCACGUGUAAGCAUGUGUGGGCGGCCAUAUUUUCUGAGGGCACCUCGAAGCGGCUUAAGCUGGUAAGCCAUUUCCACCAUCUUUGUUGUGGGCUCGCCACUGUGGCCAACGCUCCCACGGACCUGGAUCGAACCCCGUGGCGGCCAUCUUGGUCUCGGGCGAGCCAGAUAAGGAAGGGGGGAGUCACCCGGAAGUGACAUCAGCUCGCCGCCAUGCCUUUUGAGGGCGGCGACGGCGCCGGGCCGGCCAUGCUGGCUACGGGCACGUGAGUGGAGGCGGCGUUGUGAACCGCGGUGUUGGGAGGAUUUGGCCAUCCUGAGGCAGAGGGGCUCCGGGAAGGCGCCCGGCUCACGGGAGUGGUAUGGCCUGCAUAGGUCAGAGGGCAGAGCUAGCCCAGCGGCACGUGGCUGAGCGCUGGAGGGGGGUCGCCCGCGAGAACCGUCGUGUCUGACUCUAGGCAGAGCCUAGACACCCUCAUUUUCCGGUGUUCGGACCCACAGGGGUCCUCACCUGGGCCGCGGACCCCGUCCACGGGCCCGAGGGGGUUGUUGGAGGGGCUCCGGGCGCCCCUCACCCGCCCAAAGGCGGGACUUCCGGCCCUGGCCCUCACCUGGGCGGGAUUUCCUGUUUUGCUGGGAAAGCGGGUCAGGCCUGGAUCCCCGGGGGCUGCGGGGAGGUCGCGGGGCGGCGGCCCCAAGGUCCGCCCGCGCAGGGGUGCCCCGUGCCCCUUGUUAGGGCCGCUUCCAGUCUGACAGGCUGGGGGGGCUUGGCCAGCCGCCCUCCUCCCUGGGGAGCGAGCCCCCGCCCGCACCCCGGGCCUGGCUGCUGGCCUCGGUCGCCUGCUCCCCCCGGUUAGGUCCUGUUCCCUGGUGUUGGGAGCCGCGCGCCGUCGGUCAGCGAGCCCCUCCCUGCCCCCUGCCCACGCCGCCCGGUCCCACCCUGGGGCUAAGGGCCGGUGCCUCACUUCCCACCGGAUGAGCGGCUCACCGAUGGGUGCUGUGACCCCGGUGCUGGGCAGGCCCGGGCCGCUGGCUGUCGGGCGCGGAUGGCGUUGGGGCGCCCGGAGGAGCUGUGGGAGGCUGUGGUGGGGGCCGCCGAGCGCUUCCGGGCCCGCACAGGCACGGAGCUGGUGCUGCUGACCGCGGCGCCGCCGCCGCCGCCCCGGCCGGGCCCCUGCGCCUAUGCAGCCCACGGCCGGGGGGCGCUGGCCGAGGCCGCCCGCCGCUGCCUGCACGAUAUCGCCCUGGCCCACAGGGCCGCCGCCGCCGCCCGGCCCCCAGCGCCCCCACCAGUGCCGCAGCCUCCCAGUCCCGCACCCAGCCCGCCCCGGCCUGCCCUGCCCAGGGAGGACGACGAGGAGGACGAGGACGAGCCCACAGAGACCGAGACCUCUGGGGAGCGGCUCGGCGUCAGCGAUAAUGGAGGGCUGUUUGUGAUGGACGAGGACGCCACCCUCCAGGACCUGCCCCCCUUCUGUGAGUCGGACCCCGAGAGCACGGACGACGGCAGCCUCAGCGAGGAGACCCCCGCCGGCCCCCCAGCCCACUCAGUGCCCCCGGCCUCAGCCCUGCCCACCCAGCAGUACGCCAAGUCCCUGCCCGUGUCCGUGCCCGUCUGGGCCUUCAAGGAGAAGAGGACGGAGGCGCGGUCGUCGGACGAGGAGAACGGGCCGCCCUCCUCGCCGGACCUGGACCGCAUCGCGGCGAGCAUGCGCGCGCUCGUGCUGCGGGAGGCCGACGACACCCAGGUGUUCGGGGACCUGCCGCGGCCGCGGCUCAACACCAGCGACUUCCAGAAGCUGAAGCGGAAAUACUGAGGCCCGGGAGGGGCCGCCGGGUCCCGCGUCCGCCCCGCCCCGCACGACGCCCCUGGCCCGCCCCCGGAGCUCGCCAAUGCCGGCGCGGCCUGGGGCCCGCCCCCCACGUGUCCGCGGCCGGGGCUGCGCGUCCCUGCCAGCCCCGCCCCUCGCCCCGCCCCGCCCGCCGGCGUCUCCCGAUUGGGUCGGUCGGUCCUGCCCAGCGACGGCUCCUGCUGCGAUUGGUUGACCCCGGCGGGGGCGUGGCUAGCUCCCGGCCGGGGCGGCCGGGUUCGGGCGGAAGCAAAGGGCUCUCCCCGCGGAGCGGCUCCGGCCCCGGGGCGCGGCCCAGCCCUGGUGUCCAGACUCGGUCUGCAGCCAUCCCGCGUUCACACUACUGAGGCUCGGGCUGGUUUAGCCCGCCUCGCCCACGUCCUGACACGGCUGCUCGGCCCUGUCCCCGGCCCCUCCAACAGCCUGCCAGGCGCACCAGCCCCCGCCCCUCCCGCCCACAGGUGCCUUAAUGGGCCCUCGUCCACCCACGUGGGGAGAGGGGGCCUCACUCUCCGGCCCUGCUGCGGGGGGAGAGGGGGGUGGGAGCCGGGAAUGGGAAGGGCGCUCUGAGAUUAAAAGUUUUACUUCUGA